AUGGAGCAAUGGCCAUUUGAUAAGAAGGGAAUCACCAUGGAGAAAGCAGAUAGCAGUUCUCCGGAGAUACGAGCAAAGAAGAUCUUUGCCUGUGGAUUCAGCCAGAAGCAAGGCGGAUGUUUCGAUCUGUCGAUGUUUUGCAGUUUUGAUAGUCGUAACUUUGGUUCCAUGGCGGAUCUAGUUAGCCUGGAAUGGGAUAUCGAAAACUCUCGGUCGUUUGUUUCUCCGCCUCUCACAUGGAAUCGAUGGAACUGGGUGGAUGGAUCCAAUCCAUUUCCAUGGCGGAUCCCGAAGAGCGCCAAAAGGCAGCAAAAAGAUAACCACAGAGACAAGCAGCAGCGGCGAAGAGACAGAAGCGAAAAGGAGUUGCAGAGACGGCGGCAGCGAGCCGCGAUCAUGGACGCCAAACUGCUGAAGACGACCAAAUUUCCGCCGGAGUUUGCGAAAAAGGUGGACAUGACCAAAGUCAACAUCGAGGUCAUGAAGAAAUGGAUUGCAGAGCGGAUAUCUGAUAUCCUGGGGAACGAGGACGACGUCGUUAUCGAGCUCUGCUUCAACCUCCUCGAGGGCUCGCGAUUUGUACGUGGACAGACAGAUUCUCGUUUGCUAGUUUCCCUCCUCCGGGUUGAGUUUGAUGGGCUAACUAUCAAUCUUACCGGUUUCCUGGAGAAAGAUACAGCGAAAUUCUGCAAGGAUCUAUGGAACCUCUGCCUCAGCGCGCAGGAUAGCCCCCAAGGUGUCCCCAAAGAGUUGCUGGAGGCGAAGAAGCUGGAGUUGAUGCAGGAACAGAGAGAAUCCGGCGGAGAGAGAGAGAGGAUCGUGGCCGUGGCAGAAGAGGCCGCGGUGGCCCUGCUCGUGGAGCUGAUCGGUACGACAGCAGAGAUUCUCCCUCGCCUCAUCGACGGAGACGAAGCCCACCGGUUUACCGAGAUACACCUCGCCGGGGAGCAGAUAUCUACGUUCCCAGCGGUGGUAGAAGCUAUAGACGAGAUGAUCAUAGAGGGCGCCGCCCGUCGAGACAGCCCUCUACUUCGCCGUCCCGGUCACCAUCACGCUCUGUCUCGCCAGUUCGGGACCGUCGACGGGAUAGGAGGUCUCCCGAAAGAAGGCGGCGGCGUUCGACCAGCAGCUCUCGCUCACCUUAUAGAGGUGACCGUGACCGUGACCGUGACCGUGGCUGGAAACGAGCCCGCAGCCCGACCCAUGAUGACGACUCCAGGUCCCCAAGCCGCUCGCCGUCCAGAAGAAGACGGAGAAGAUCGAGAAGCGGAAGCUCUAUCUCUCCACCCCCUGCUAGUAAUCGGGCUUCGAGAUCCCGUCGUGCAUCUUCAUCACGAUCUCCGUCGAGGUCAAGUAGCGAGGGUGAUCGGAGAAGUCGGCGCCCUCGGAGGAGAUCCCCUUUGUACCAACAAGGGUCUAGACGUGAUGUACCUAGAGCUGAUAUUGCUAAAGAUCGCAGAAGUCACGACCACCGCCGGCUUAGCCGCAGCCGUAGCCGCAGUCGCAGCCGCAGUCGCCAUCGAACGCGAAGCCGGAGUCGAAGCCGCGGAAGAUACCGCCGAAGACAGCGGUCGACCAGCAGCAGGUCAUCGACGAGCAGCUCACGUAGCCGCAGCCGCAGCCGCAGCCGCAGUGGCCGGCGGAGGCAUCAAUCUAUUGAAAGAUAUGCCCCAGCUGGACGCAGGUCGCGCAAGAACAGUUCUGCCCCUUCACCACCUGCUCAAAAGCGACAGAGAAUAG